UGUGGGUGGAAAACAUUUUGAAAUGGAUAAAGAAAAGAUAAUUGCUCCUAAUCAGAUUGGAUACCUGAUAAUGAAGGACGAUGGCGGCGUUCUGGAUUCGGGUGGGGACCUAAAAAACGACGUGCGCAGUGCAAAUGUGAUAAUGGGUCUUCUAAAUCUGACGGAGAGCAUCGAUGAGGAUUUUAUGCCCAACAGUAGCUGCGAGAGGAUCACCAUUGACUACGGCCAGCACUACUACAGCAUCUGCAUGUCCAAUCGCCGCAUCUACGUCGUAAAGUUGAGCAAGACGCACACGCAGAAUGGAGCCACCAGCAGCUCGUCGUCUUCCACGUCCUACAACGAUGCGGCUGAGGGCAAUAACAUUGGCUCUAGCUCCACGGUGAUGGCGUGAAAACUACCAACCAAUGCCCAUUCCACGUGCAGAUUCUGCCGGAAAUACCAGGAGCGCCGGCCAGGAUCGGGGCAGCGGCACUACAAUUGGCGUACCCCCUUCGUUUACCUCAUACUGCUAUUUAUUUGUCAAAGAAUACAUCAUCUGUGAGCUCCUGUUCAAAUAUACGCUUCGCUUCCUGCGUCACGUCCAGAA